AUGCACACCGCUGAAGAAUUAUCUCGUUUAACCGAAGUUCCCCAAGAUGAUAAUCAACCAAUAACGGGUCUUCCUGUCGAUUGGCUGGUUCGUGCUCAAAAUGUGAGAACAAUUGAUGAAAUGGUCUAUUUUCAUUCUCUUAUAAAGCAAUACCCGAAUAGCGAAAGGCAAAGCGUUUUGAAAAUUCUACAGGAGUAUGAAAGAACGGGGAGAGGAGUGCUGGAGGAAAACACUCCGAAGAAAAUUAAUAGAAAGCAUAAAGGAAGCUCUGAGGAUCCCGAAGAAAUCCAAGAAUACAUCACAGAGCUUCUGAAUCUGGUUCGCGACGAGACUGUGAUUUGGGAUCGCGUUUUUAAUCCCAAAUAUGGUCAUCAUAGGGAAACUCGUCAGGCGUGGUGCAACAUCUCGCUGAAACUUGGCGGUUGGGGAACAAUGCAGCACGUUUCGAUGCUUAAAUCGAUUUAUCGACGAAAACGUACACAGUAUCACAAUGAUUAUUUGAGAGCGAAACGCAAAAAUUUCCAAUAUGUUCAUGCUUUGAAUUUUUUGGAUAAUGUUUUGAUGCUUUCGUCGAGCUCAACAUCGCCAAAUAAGGAUAUCCGAAUUGCGGACUAUGUGAAUGACACCUGCGAGGGAAUGGAUUAUGAUAGUGAGCUCUUUAUGGCUCCGCAGAGUGUCCAAAACGUGCUCAGCGGCUGCUCAGACAUCAUCGACCAGAUUAUCAAUGAUUAUGGCGGCGAGGCUAUCAAGGAGUUCAUGGCGAAUUGCUGUAUGCGCAUCGUCGCGAAUCGCGAUGAGCUCGCCAGAAUCGCGAUUGAAUCGAAUAAUGGUAAUGCUGAAGGUGAUGAUGAUGAAGAAGAAGAAGAAAUAGAAGAAGUGGUGCCGUUGGACGAUGAUGAAAAUGAGACGAAUUUUAUAGGGAAUGCGGUUGACUAUAAUUCACCGCAAAGGGUGGAGAAGAUGGACGCUGACGGACCAUCGAAUCCCCCGGCAGAAUUCAACAUGUAA